CUGUACCAGCCCUGGAACAAGGCAGCUGGACCCUUCUUCCAGCUGAUAGCCGCCGCCAUGGGGGCUCCGGCCCUCCUGUGGCCUCCCCUGCUGCUGCCAUUGAUCAUAGUGCUGUUUGGCCAACCUCCAGGGACCUCUGCCCAGAACCAAGCCUGCUCUGUGACCUCGGAAUAUUUUGAAAUCAAGGAGAACACGAACGUUUCUGAGCCACUGGCAAACAUUUCUGUCCCAAACGGUCAGCAGGUGUCCCUGGGAUCCUCGUCCACUCCUUCUGCAUUUAAGAUUGCAGGCGAUCAGCUAUUUCUCACCGCGAUUCCAGAUUAUGAGGAAAACCCAUUGCUGGAGGCAGUCCUGGAGUGCAAGACUGGAGAGUCUGUGGUGACAGUGCUGAGGGUGUUCGUGGUUGUCCAGGAUGUCAAUGACAAUGCUCCGGAGUUUCCCUUUACAAUCAAGAAACACGAUGUAGCAGAGGACACCAGAGUGGGUUCAAUCGUCAUCCCUGGGACAGAACUGGAGGCCAAAGAUGCUGACAAAGAUGACACCCUAAUUUACACUCUCCAGGAAGUGACCCCUGACGCCAGCAGCUUCUUCUCCCUGGUGGGGCAAAACAACCCUGCUCUGAGGCUGGAGAAGACCCUGGAUUUUUACAAGAUUCAGAGCAUGACCCUCAAGCUGCUGGCACGGGAUACUUUGGAGAAAGAUAAAAAUCCCAGCCACACGGCCACUGCCACCCUGGUCCUGAACGUGCUUCCAGCUGACCUACGGACCCCCUGGUUCCUGCCUUGUUCCUUCUCAGACGGCUACUCAUGCAUCCAGGCCCAGUACCAUGGGGUGGUCCCCAUAGGAUACACACUGCCAUCCCCUCUCAUCUUGAGUCCUGGUCCCAUCUAUGCGGUGGACGGAGAUCAGGGCAUUAACCAGCCUAUCAUCUACAGCAUUGUGGCAGGAAACACGGAUGACACAUUUAUCAUCAACGCAGAUUCUGGCAACCUCACGAUGGCCAAAAGUAUCCCCAGACCCAUGACCUUCACCCUGGUGGUCAGGGCUGAUCAGGUUGAUAUGGCCCGCUACUCAAUAACUCAAGCCAUCGUGGAUGCUGGUAAUGCCACCGGGACCCCACUCCAGUUCUCUCGGAACCGGUACCAUGGCACAGUGGUGCUUGGUUCUAAGGCUGGCACAGAAGUUAAGGACAGGACCUCCCCUUCUGAGAUCCUGAGGAUCCAGGCUCAGUACCCAGGCUUCCCGGACCUCGACUCGGCCACCACGUACCAAAUCACCAACUCCUCAGAUUUCAAGAUGGAGGAGGAUGUCAUGCUGACCACUGUGGCUAUGGAGCAUGUCGACACCUUCUAUGUAGAGGUAGAAGCUACCAAUACUGUGACUAUGGACACAGCCACCACUGUUGUUGAGAUCCAAGUGACAGAGCAAGAGCCCCCCAUCACAGAGUCCCCCACACCCCCAGAAGCUGGAGGAACAACUGGGCCUUCAAGUAGCACCACUUUGGAAACCCUUACAACCUCGGGGACCUCUCAAGGAUCUGCCACAACCAGCUCUGGGGGAAGCACUGGCCCAGUUCCACCCUCAGGCACAACUCUAAGUCCACCUGCCUCUGCCUCAUCCAUACCUACUCUUGGAAUCAGCACUUCCCCCGAGACAGCCACUCCAGGUGGGGGCUCAACACAGGCCCCUAAGCCAGGAACCUCUCAGCCAGUGGUUCCCAUUACAAGAACAACUACCACUCCUCAGCCAGCCACACCCAGUGGGGGCUCCACACAGACUCCCAAGCCAGGAACCUCUCAGCCAACGGUCCCUCUUACAAGAACAACUACCACUCCUCAGCCAGCCACACCCAGUGGGGGCUCAACACAGACCCCCAAACCAGGAACCUCUCAGCCGACAGCCUCUGUGCUCACCAGGAGUCCCUCACCCUCAGGUAGUCCACACAUUUUUUGCCCUGGAGUCACCAUCACCCUUGAGUCAGACAGUGUUCCAGCAGUAAGUGGUCAAGUCAUGGUGUCUUGGACAGGUACACAAGGAGAAGACCAGCGAUUUUCUACAGUGGACAUGGCAGUGCUGGGCGGAGUGCUAGGAGCGCUCUUGUUGCUGGCCCUUAUCUGCCUGUGCAUCCUCAUCCAUAAGCACUACCGUCACCGGUUCAAUUGUUGCUCUGGCAAGGUUUCGAAGCCGCCGCCGCCGCUGAGUGUCUAUGACAACCUGGCCUUCUUCCCAGACCACAAGGCCAGCUGGUUGUCCACCUCCAACCCGCAGCCACAGCCGGACCCGGAGACCGCCCGGCCGCCCUCGGGGCCCCAGAGCCCCAUGUCGUCCAGUCUCACGCCCCCCAGCUCCGCGCCUCCUAGCCCCGAGCUCAGAGCUCCUGGGUCCCCUAAGACCGUGCAGGCUGGGGACAGUCCUUUAGCCGUGAGAUCUAUCCUGACCAAGGAGCGGCGGCCAGAGGGGGAGGGCGGCUACAAGGCCGUGUGGUUCGGCAAGGACAUCCGGGAGGAGGCUGACGUGGUGGUCCUCAACGAGCCCGCGGCAGGCGUGGACAGCGCCAGUGCCUCAGGAAGUGAGGGCAGCGACGAGGACAGCCCUAACCAGAGUUAUAUCUAG